AUGGAUAUAAAAGCUCCGACCGUCAUUCCAGCAGUUGUUGCUCCGCCCAUAAAUGUUCAAAAAACCUCUUGUGUUGUGCCUUCCACGGUGCUGAAAAUACCUUACACGCAGAAAUCUUCUAAGACAGAUGCUCCAAGCAAUGUGCUUCGUCUGCAACCGACAGGUUGUACAAAUUCCCAGUGUGAAACGUAUGUCCAGAAGAAUUCAAAGCAAGGUAUUCCAAGCAGUUUUGAGAUCCCGUCGUCGUCUCAGGAUUGCUCUACUCGUAGGACUGCUAACCAGAAGAUCCGAAGUAGUGGUUAUUGCGAUUAUAUUCAGAGUACUCCAACUGGCCGCUGCAGUGCUAGUGGUAUUUCAGAUGGCCACUGUUCACAACAUCCUGUAAAUAUUGAGCUUUCGUCUGGUCACACGGUAGCACCUUGUAAGUAUCAAAAUAAUUACAUUCCGAAUGAUUGUUCUGCAACUCCUGAUAGCGGUAUUCAAAGUAUCGGUGAUUCACCAAGAUCUAUUGGCCCGUUUGUCACGCCUAUGCCUUCUCCGGCAGGAUUCGUUGCAGUGGCGUCGGCAGACAUUAAUGAUUCCACAAGUUUCGAUGAUUUUUCCGAUAUGCCCCGCCUAGUACCGUACCAUCAGAUGGAAGAGCCAUGUUGUUCAAAUUCUGAUGAAGCGCCUCAGAUUGUUGAUGCUACCAGGUCGGAGAAUGAAGAAACAGGGCAUGAAGAAUCAGUUCCAAAAAUCGCUAUCACUCCUUCUGUCACCAUGAAUGAAUUAGUAGAACAACUAAUGUCGCAUCUCGCACCAGAUCAGCGGAAACAGUUUGCAGAUGUGAUAAAGUCUAAGGUAGUAGACGAGUUUGACAAGAACAAAACUACAAGUAAUACUCAGAUCAGCCCUCCGAUAGAUGGAAGUGUCGAAGAAGAGACGUGGGAAGCGCAUUCAAAAGAAACUGGCAAACAGCAGAAGAGUGUUGUCGACAAUAGACAUUCGGAACAUUGCGAAAUAAGCUCUUACGGCAGUGAUUUUCCUGUGGAAGAGAAAGAGGGAAAAAUUUGGUCGGAAGAAAAAGCAGAAGGUUUCAGUGAAGGCAGUGGAGUUUCAUUAGGCAUUUCUCCGCCUGAUAGUGGGCAGCAAGAUUUUUGUGAGGACGAAACUUCCUAUUUCUGUCAAUCGAGGAUAGAUGGGAGUGAGGAAGAAACAAAGAAAAAGAUUGAACAAAAAGAAGAACUGCUUGAGAGUUUUAUUAAAAAGGCCCCAUCAUCGGAAAGUUCUCUGAGGGAGAGAAUUUUGGAGUUGGAGUUAUUAGAAGAUGGUGAUUGCUCGUUUGAUGCAAACAUUGAAAUAGUUCGUCCAUGUUCGAGAAGUUUUUUUGAACAGCAGGCCUACGGAGUAGAUUAUAAGGAGGAGAAGAGGCUUUUAAGGAAAAGGAGGUCUUCAUUAAAAUGUGAAAAAAAUCACGGGAAAAAAGUGAAGAAUGUGUCCCGGCUGAAUGAUCAGUUUGUUGUGAAAAAUAUUCAGAAGUGCUCAAAGGAAGACAAAGUCAAGACACAGAAGGUGGAAGAUUUAGCAUCUGCUAAUAGCUGCUCUUCUCGUUUUGAAUCUGCGAGUGAACAAAGUGCUGCCGACUAUGAGAAGAGAAUGAGAAUGGAAGAGGAUUCUAUAGAACGGCUUCGCCAGUUCAGGAAGAAAGUGAAGCAGCGGAUGAAUGAUCAGUUGAACCUUAUUAUAAGCGAGGUUGAAAAGAAGUUGGAUGGUUUAGAACUCUGUUUAGGACCACGCAUGCAUUGGGAACUUCCGUGGUACAGAUUGAACUGGAAGCAGGUUGCUCAAAGAAUUGCCGAGAGGAGUUGCCAGGAAAAACUUGCGCGCGAAAAAUUUGUUGGUGUGAACUCUCAGAAGACACAGUUAAUGAAAAAGCAUCACAAAAGAGCUUCUUUUAAAAACUCAUCGUCGUGUGUAAGCAAUGCGCCAGCGGUUACUUCAAAUUCUUGUGGACAUUUGGAGUCGCACAAAUUAAUAAAAAACAAUAUUUUUGUCGACAUGUAUCCAAGAGAUGGGCAAGAAGCUUGUUCUUGUAAGAGUGGCUGUUGCGGUUUUGGUGACCGAUGUGUGAAUAGGAUGAGGCGUGUAGAGUGUACAACUCUUUGUCCUAGAGGAAAGUAUUGUUCGAAUAAGAGGAUUUCAAGACGUGAAUGUAUCAAUGGACUAGAAAAGUGCGAAAAUCUUACUGGUGGUGGUUUAGGAGUGCGAACUUGGGAGCAAGUUGAGGAGGGACAAACACACUUAAGUUACAAUGUUUGUUUUAAGUUUAUUUGCGAAUUCAAUGGGGAAAUUGUGUCAGCAGAUACGUUUGCUAGACGUAGCAAGUUGUAUGAAAGAUCAACGAGCUGUUUCGCUGUCGAAUUGGAUAAAAAUUUUGUAAUUGACGCAUAUCGGAAAGGCAGCAUUGCAAGGUUUAUUAAUUCUUCUUCAUCCCCAAAUUGCGAAAUACAACAGUGGUAUGUUUACAAGUACGUGGAUGGUUUUCCAAGGGUUGGCGUGUUUGCGACGAAGAAGAUUUUGAAAGGCGAGGAAUUGUUACUAGAUAGCAGUAAAUGUGCCUGGAAUACCGAGGAAGCUGGAAUUUAUUCAUCAAAAAAUAUGAGUCACGAUGGCAGCCGUUGUUUGAUAGAACCUGUUUCCAAAAAAGAAAAGAGAUUUUUUGGUGCAAAGUGUAGUAAGGAGCGACAGAAGACAGGAAAUGCUGAGCAUCUGUUGGUUAUACGUGGUUAUUGCAAUGAAGUUUUGGGUGUUUUGUCAUCCUUCGGGACGAUGUCAAAGAGACAAAUAGCAGCAGUUCAAGCUUCGACAAAUUCGCUAUUCAUACAGUCUCCUAGGGAAAAACAGGAGUUCAUUUUAAAAGCGGUGGAGAAUGAACUUCAAAAUGCCUUCAAUAUGGUUGUAAAACACUCAGAUAAGAAGAAAGUGGAAAUUUUAAGGACAAAGAUUUCUGCCGUAAAGUCAAGCUAUUUUUACCGGUUGAAGAAACUCGGCUCGUUGCCACAGUCUUUUGGUGAUAAGUCGGUCACAAACAAGAAGAAGUUACCUGCUCAUCGGAUCCUUACAGCUACUACAGAUUUGUCAUACCUUGAUGGAGAGGUUCCUGUUGGGUCGUAUGACCCAGACGACACGUCUAAUCUUACUUCUGCAGAAGCUGAUUCGGACUGCGUUAGAUGCAUUUGUGGCAUCACUGAUGAUGACGGAUCGAUGAUACAGUGUGACAAAUGUCAUUUUUGGCUACAUGAUGACUGUGUUUACUUUACCAAAGGUUCAGAUGAGAAUGUUGAGUUCACUUGCGAUUUCUGUAAGAACAGUGGCAGACGGACACCUGCUGUCAAUAUUCCUCUGCAUCCUCAACCAGAUAUCAAGUUAGCAGGUUGUACAUACUACAGAGCUUUAGUGAAUGCAAGAAAUAUUCAAGUUCGCCUUUACGAAACUGUUUACACCCAAAAACUGCCGAAUGAUGAUCAUAAAGCGGAAUUGAAGUGCCUGACUGAAACUGCUAAGGAGUCAUGUAAUUCUUCUGAAACUGCUUCUCUGCUCCCUUUUACACAAAAACCAGUGGAGUUGGCGUUUCAAAGUGCUUCCUUUUCUCGUCGAGAUCUUCGUUGUUUUCGCGUCGAGCGUUUGUUUAUUUCACCUGAAGGACAUAAAUUUGUUUUUGGGUCACACUAUGCAAGACCUCACGAAGUUUAUUGUGAGCCUGGGCGAGUGUUUCACAAAAAUGAGUUGUUUGCCACUUCAAUGUUCGACACCUUGCCGCUAGAUGCCGUUGUCGGUCGCUGUUUGGCUUUGGAGCCGCGAAUUUACUGUCUAGGCCGCCCUAAGAUGCCUCACUACAAUGAAGCAGAUGUUUAUUUUUACGAGUUCCAACAGACAGGAAGAAAUUCGCGGUAUUUUGAAAAAAUACCAUCAAGGAAUUAUUAUUAUGUUAAUACAGGUUCACACAACUUCAUUUACUUCCCAAAACCGCUUCGUUUGGAACGAGAUUUUACGGUUUGUGCUUGCCGGGUUUUCUAA